GACAGGCAGACAGACAGAGAAGCAAGUUUGUUUCUCUUCUGGGAACUUGAGGGAGAAGAAUGCAAGUUCUUUAAAAAAGGAAGCCCGAGGAGGAAGGCAAAGCCCGGGCCACGGUUUCUCUCUCCUGACAAGGUCAUUGGAGAGGAGAGCAGGCGGCCGCUCUCGCCUCUGGAGGUGGAGGGGCUGGUGGGGAGGACAGCCCUCCCCUGGGAGCCCCCAAAUCAAAGCCAGCAGACCUGGGGGGAGCGCAGAGACCCCAUCCCCCGCUGGACAUGCAGCCGGGGCCAGGGAUGGCCGCCGGUGUCCGCCCUUCCUUGCUUCUCCUACCGUGUGCAGGUGAGCAGGAGCCUCCCUGCGGCAGAGCAGAUGUGCCCGGGCUGAGCCGGGCCAGUGAGCAGCGGCGCAUUGUCACAGGCUGUCAAUGUCUGCAAAGUGACCUUUCUCGUUAUUUCCUCUGCAAUCCACAGGAACCGAGCAACAAGCGGGUCAAGCCCCUGUCCAGAGUCACGUCGCUGGCCAACCUCAUCCCUCCUGUGAAGGCCACCCCACUGAAACGAUUCAGCCAGACCCUGCAGCGCUCCAUCAGCUUCCGCAGCGACAGCCGCCCGGACAUCCUCGCGCCGCGCCCCUGGUCCAGGCAUGCGGCUCCCGCCAGCACCAAGCGCAGGGACAGCAAGCUGUGGAGUGAGACAUUCGAUGCCAGCGUCAAUCAGAUGCUCACCUCCAAGGAGAUCAAGCGGCAGGAGGCAAUUUUUGAGCUUUCCCAAGGAGAAGAAGACUUGAUCGAGGACCUGAAAUUAGCCAAAAAGGCCUAUCAUGACCCCAUGCUUAAACUCUCCAUAAUGACGGAGCAAGAACUAAACCAGAUUUUUGGAACCCUGGACUCUCUAAUCCCUCUGCACGAAGAUCUCCUUAGUCAGCUUCGAGGAGUCAGGAAGACGGACGGAUCUACUGAGCAUGUUGGUCCUAUCCUAGUGGGAUGGCUGCCUUGUCUCAGCUCCUACGACAGCUACUGCAGCAACCAAGUAGCUGCCAAGGCAUUGCUGGAUCACAAGAAGCAAGACCACCGCGUGCAGGAUUUCCUUCAGCGCUGUUUGGAGUCUCCCUUCAGUCGGAAGCUGGACCUGUGGAAUUUCCUCGACAUCCCCCGGAGUCGGCUUGUGAAGUACCCAUUACUUCUCAGAGAAAUACUGAGGCACACUCCAAACGAUAACCCAGACCAGCAACACUUGGAGGAGGCUGUAAGUUUGGUUGAGAUCCAGGGGGUUGGGGGGUGGGAGGAGGCACCAUGAUCAUUCCUCAGUGGACCCAAUGGGAUUGUGGGAAUAGUGUUGGCCUGUUAGAGAGGAGGCCUGGCUGCAGGGUCUAACUAUGACCAGUAGAUCCAGUGAGCCUCUAGUUCUUCUUUGGUCAAGUAAGGGGAUACCAAUUAGGAAACUGUUUUAAUAUCCAGGUAUGAAGUCAUAAGGGACCAAACUUGAGUGGAAGGAGAGAAAAGGGUGAAAAGGAAAGAAGGAAGGAAGGAAAGGUGAGAGGGAAAGAAGGGAGGAGA